AUGGGCGACUAUAAUGCUGAACUUCCUUCCCGAUCACAGUCACCUAACAUACCUAUAGACAUGCGAAGUAGACUUCUUUUAAAUCUAAUGUCAACAAUUAAGAUGGUGCCUAUUAACACAACUGAAUUGUGCUCGGGAGCUCAGUUUAGCAAUAUACCAUACAAUAGCGAUAGAGAAACUUUAAUUGACCAUAUAUUUCUACAGGAGUUAGACCUAGUUAAUGUAACUUACUGUCACAUUUUUGAUGACAGUUCGACAAAUGUUUCUACUCACCGCCCUAUUUGCUGUAACAUUAACCUACAGAAUGAAUUGCCAAAAUGUGCUGAUUUUCCACGUAAUAUGAUGAAUUGGCACACUGUCAAAGACAGUCACAUUGAAAAUUAUAAACUUCAAAUAACAGAAGACAAAAAACUGCGUAUGUCUUUUGAAACAGAAAUAUUAUCUAACAAAGCCAUUGACAAUUUGUAUAAUUCUAUCGUCAGUGCCAUUAACAGUGCUAAUGAAAACUGUAUACCAAAGUCUGUUUUUAAACCUUAUAUUAAACCUUACUGGGACGAUCGGCUUAAAGUAUUACAUAAAAUUGUAAAACAUAAACGUUAUAUAUGGAUUAAUGAAAACAGACCCAGAGGCAAUAGUUAUAAAAGCUAUACAGACUAUAAGAAGGCAAAACACGACUUUCGUCAAUACCAUAGAAAUCGAGUUUCAGACUUUCUUAAACAAAUGGAAAAUGAAAAAGAUGAAGCUGCAGAUAUUGACAACAAUGAGUUUUGGAGGUUAAUAAACCGACGAAGAAAGAAAGCGAAUAGAACACAAGUGUUCGAAAUGAAAUUUGACGACACGAUUUCCCGCACUCCACAAGAGAUAAAUACGGGCUGGAAAAAUUAUUUUGAAAAACUGUAUUCGCCAGUUUAUCACGAAACUUUUAAUGAAGAGCAUUUGCAAAACAUAAACGCAGAAGUUGAGGAUUUAGAAAACAAGUUAAUGUCACACCAGGAUACAAUAAUUCACAGAUUCAUCACAGAGGAUGUUAUUGAGCGUUGCCUUAAGACAUGUAAAAAACGGAAAGCAUGUGGAGCUGACAACGUAUACUAUGAAAAUCUGAUGUACGGAGGUUCAUUCAUGCUGAGCUGCCUUACAAAACUCUUUCAAAACAUGGCUCGCCUUGCGCAUAUACCUGUUGAACUCAAACGUGGAAUUAUUACAACUAUGUAUAAAGGUGGAAGCAAGAAGAAGUCUGAUCCGAAUAGUUACAGAGCUAUUUCAUUGUGUUCAACUAUACUUAAGCUUUAUGAAAAGGUGCUUUUAAACUUUAUAGAAUCUGAUAACCCUGUUAAAUUAAAUCCCCUAUAUUUACUAUGCACGAGAAAAUUGUUCAAAGCUUUAUGCAUGCUAUUUAGACGUUAA